AUGCAUAUACCUGAUGAACCAAGUAACAGUCUAUUGGUGAAUCCUCUCAUAUAUGAAGAACUCUCAUAUGAUCGGCAACUGUUAAAGGAAGAACAUGACCUAUUGGUGGGAAACUUAACUGAUGAGCAGUUACUGAUAUACAAUAAAGUCAUGUAUGAUGUGGAUACCAAUAAAGGUGGGCUCUUCUUUGUCUAUGGAUAUGGUGGCACGGGGAAAACAUUUUUAUGGAAGACACUAUCAGCUGCUUUACGGUCAAGGGGAGAGAUUGUACUGAAUGUUGCAUCCAGUGGUAUAGCUUCACUAUUGCUACCAGGUGGUAGGACUGCUCACUCAAGGUUUGCAAUACCUAUUUCUAUAAAUGAAGACUCGACAUGCAACAUCAAGCAAGGUAGUCCAUUAGCUGAACUCAUUAUCAAAGCAAAGCUAAUAAUUUGGGAUGAAGCUCCUAUGAUGCACAAACAUUGUUUUGAAGCAUUAGAUAAAACAAUGAGAGACAUCCUCAGGUUCUCUGAUUCUUUAAGCUGUAACAAGACCUUUGGUGGUAAAACAGUGGUUUUAGGUGGUGAUUUCAGGCAUAUUCUACCAGUUAUUCCAAAAGGGACAAGACAGGACAUUGUCCAAGCCAGUAUAAAUUCUUCAUAUCUGUGGACUAAUUGUCAAGUCCUGCGUCUUACAAAGAAUCUAAGACUGCGUAGUGUUACGGCUGAAGGAGAGAUAGAGAAAUUAGAUGCAUUUGCAAAAUGGAUUGCGGACUUAGGUGAUGGAAAGCUUGGUGGUAAUACCGAGGAUGAUUGCAAUAUCAAUAUUCCUUCACAGUUUCUAUUGCAAAACAGAGGAGAUCCUAUCAAACAAAUUGUUGACGAAACAUUUCCGACAUUUGGUACGGGUGUUAUAGAUCCUGAACAGUUGAAGAGUAGAGCUAUUUUGGCACCAACAUUAGAUGUUGUGGAUCAAGUCAAUCAAUACAUGAACAAUUUAAAUCAAUCAUCAUCAAAGACUUAUUUAAGUUGUGAUUUUGUUUGCAAAGCGGAUACUAAUGACAAUAUGUUGGCCGAAGUGCACACUACUGAAUUUUUAAACAGUUUAAAGUGUUCUGGUGUACCAAACCAUUCCUUAGAAUUAAAGGUUGGAUCUCCAAUAAUGUUGUUGAGGAAUAUCGACCAUUCGAUUGGUCUUUGUAAUGGAACGCGGUUGAUUGUCACCAAGUUAGGUAACCAUGUGAUUGAAGCCAAGAUAUUAUGUGGCACACAUUAUGGGACAAAUGUAUUGAUACCCCGCCUAUCUUUGACUCCGUCAGAUCCAAGACUUCCGUUCAAAUUUCAAAGGAAGCAGUUCCCGGUGAUGUUGUCCUAUGCAAUGACAAUAAACAAAAGCCAGGGACAAACAUUGUCAGUAGUAGGUUUACUAUUGAAGAAACCAGUAUUCAAUCAUGGUCAGUUUUAUGUUGCAGUUUCCCGUGUUAGUAAUCCGGAUGGACUCAAAGUCUUAAUUGCUGAUGAAACCAAGGGCUUAGUCAACUAUACACAAAAUGUGGUUUACAAUGAAAUUUUCAAUAAUUUGUAA